AGGACUGAGCACAGACAAGGGCCGAUGGGCCAGAAGGGUGGAUGAAAAAGAAGUGCCUCUGCCCACGGGGCGCGCCCUGGAACCCUGGAGACCGAGGCCCCAGAAGCCGCGUCCCGCCGCCCCAGCCCUCCCGGGGAGCUGAGCAGAGCCAGGCCGCUUCCGAUGGAAACCUGCGCUGGGGGGGGAGCCGACAGCCGGACGCGUGCCCCGCCACACCCCCGGCGCGCUUCCCAGUACGCUGGGUCGCUGGAGGUCGAGGGCCGCGAGCUCGAAACCCCAGCGCAGGGCGUCCCCUCUCCGCGGGCCCAAGGCUGGCCUGGGGAUCCUCGAAGGCGUCGGGGCUCCGGAGCCGGCUUGGUUGAAUGCGAAGAGUCGGGCUUUCUGAUUGGCUUAAAAGUACAAACUCAGGCGAGCGCCGCCUGAGACCCGCUCUUCGAUUGGAUUUUACGUGAACAGCAGAGCACGAAAUAAAGAGGUCUUCAGUCAUUGGGCCAUUGUGUGAAUCUCCCUUUGGCUUCUCUGCCGACUGAAUAAGCGUUUCAGGAUCUUCGUCAUGACUCUUAAAUCUGGGCCUGUCAGUUCGCCCCUGCGUUUCUCGUCUUUAGGCACGGCAUGCGGCUUACAGAGUUUAACCAAUCAUAUGACGUCGAGAUCAGGUUGCCAGGCAGAUUACGCUAAUGAGGCCCCGCCUUUUAUGCUGCUCCCACUCUGCGGCGGGAAGAACCACCUGGAGGUGGCGGGGGGGGGUGAUUUCUAUCACCCCUAGGGAGAGAGGAUCGGGGACCCGCUGAUCUUCCAGCUCCCCUCACCCAACGUCGUGCCUGCUGCAGCGAGACCUCUCUGUCCUUCAUGAACACGUGUGUGGUGGACAGAUGACUGUCCCCUACCCCGUGCUGCUGUAGGGGCUCCAGACCUGGGGCUGUCCAGGAGGGAGAAGAUGGACUCCAAGGAUGAGAGCUCACACGUGUGGCCGACGUCCGCUGAGCACGGACAGAAUGCUGCACAGGUGCACUUUGUUCCGGAUGCUGGAACUGUGGCUCAGAUCGUCUACACUGAUGACCAGGUCCGCCCGCCCCAGCAGGUGGUGUACACGGCAGAUGGUGCCUCCUACACAUCAGUGGAUGGGCCGGAGCACACACUGGUGUACAUCCACCCUGUGGAAGCUGCACAGACUCUGUUUACAGACUCAGGCCAGGUAGCUUAUGUCCAGCAGGACGCUACAGGUCAGCAGGCCCCGCUGCCGGUCCAUAACCAGGUGCUACCUUCGAUCGAGAGUGUGGAUGGUUCCGACCCUUUGGCAACUCUGCAGACCCCUCUAGGUAGACUGGAGGCCAAAGAAGAAGAGGAUGAAGAUGAGGAUGAGGACACGGAGGACGAGGACGAGGAGGACGGUGAAGACACAGACCUGGAUGACUGGGAGCCGGACCCACCCCGGCCCUUUGACCCUCAUGACCUAUGGUGCGAGGAGUGUAAUAACGCGCAUUCUUCCGUGUGCCCAAAGCACGGCCCCUUGCAUCCGAUCCCCAACCGGCCUGUGCUCACCCGAGCUAGAGCGAGUCUCCCUCUGGUUCUCUACAUAGACAGGUUCCUUGGAGGAGUGUUCUCCAAAAGGCGCAUUCCCAAGCGCACGCAGUUUGGCCCUGUGGAGGGCCCCCUGGUGAGGGGGUCAGAGCUGAAAGACUGUUACAUUCAUCUGAAGGUUUCUCUUGAUAAAGGGGACAGAAAAGAUAGGGAUUUGCAUGAAGACCUAUGGUUUGAGCUGUCUGAUGAGACCCUGUGUAAUUGGAUGAUGUUUGUACGUCCAGCCCAGAAUCACCUGGAGCAGAACCUGGUGGCUUACCAGUACGGCCACCAUGUGUAUUAUACGACAAUAAAGAAUGUGGAGCCCAAACAAGAACUGAAGGUAUGGUACGCUGCCUCCUAUGCUGAGUUCGUGAACCAGAAAAUUCAUGACAUUUCUGAGGAAGAAAGGAAAGUUCUUCGAGAGCAAGAGAAGAAUUGGCCCUGCUAUGAAUGCAACCGCCGAUUUAUAAGCUCGGAGCAGCUGCAACAGCAUCUUAAUUCUCAUGAUGAGAAACUGGAUGUGUUUAGCAGAACGAGAGGUAGAGGAAGAGGACGAGGCAAGAGGCGCUUUGGUCCAGGUCGACGUCCAGGGCGGCCUCCAAAAUUUAUCCGCCUGGAAAUAACCAGCGAAAAUGGGGAAAAGAGUGACGACGGGACACAGGACUUGCUGCAUUUCCCCAUAAAGGAGCAGUUUGAUGAGGCUGAACCAGCUGCUCUGAACGGGUUGGACCCACCGGAGCAGACCGGCAUCCCGAUCCCGCAGCUGCCGCAGGAAACCCAGUCCUCCCUGGACCCGGAGCCGGAGCCCCACCCGCUGCACGCGCCGCCGCCGCAGCCGGAGGAGAGCGUGGCGCCCGCGGCCAGCGCGCUGACCGCCGAUGACAUGCGCAGAGCCAAGCGCAUCCGGAAUGCAGCUCUUCAGCAUCUGUUUAUUCGGAAGUCCUUCCGGCCUUUUAAAUGUCUGCAGUGUGGGAAGGCCUUCCGUGAAAAGGACAAACUGGACCAGCAUUUGCGCUUCCACGGGCGGGAAGGGAACUGCCCGCUGACCUGUGAUCUGUGCAACAAGGGCUUUAUCAGCAGUGCAUCUCUGGAGAGCCACAUGAAGCUCCACUCCGACCAGAAGACUUACUCUUGCAUUUUUUGCCCAGAAUCCUUUGACCGCCUUGAUUUGUUGAAAGAUCACGUGGCCAUUCAUAUCAAUGAUGGCUACUUCACCUGCCCAACUUGUAAGAAACGGUUCCCAGAUUUUAUCCAGGUGAAAAAACACGUGCGCAGCUUCCACUCAGAAAAGAUCUACCAGUGCACGGAGUGUGACAAAGCCUUCUGCCGUCCCGACAAACUGCGACUGCACAUGCUCAGGCAUUCGGACCGCAAAGACUUCCUGUGUUCCACCUGCGGGAAGCAAUUUAAGCGAAAAGACAAGCUGCGGGAACACAUGCAAAGAAUGCACAACCCUGAGAGGGAGGCCAAGAAGGCUGACCGCAUCAGCCGCUCCAAGACGUUCAAGCCUCGCGUCACGUCCACGGACUACGACAGCUUCACCUUCAAGUGCCGCCUGUGCAUGAUGGGCUUCCGGCGGCGCGGCAUGCUGGUGAAUCACUUAUCAAAGAGACACCCAGAUAUGAAGAUAGAAGAGGUGCCAGAGUUAACUCUACCCAUCAUAAAGCCCAACCGGGAUUACUUCUGUCAGUAUUGUGAUAAGGUUUAUAAAAGUGCCAGCAAGCGUAAAGCCCACAUUCUGAAGAACCACCCAGGAGCUGAGCUCCCCCCAAGCAUUCGGAAACUCCGCCCUGCUGGUCCUGGAGAGCCGGACCCCAUGCUGAGCACCCACACCCAGCUGACAGGGACCAUUGCCACCCCGCCGGUCUGCUGCCCCCACUGCUCCAAGCAGUACAGCAGCAAGACUAAGAUGGUCCAACACAUUCGAAAGAAACAUCCAGAGUAUGCCCAGCUCCCUAACACCAUACAUACACCUUUGACGACCGCUGUAAUCAGUGCUGCCCCAGCUGUUUUAACCACAGACAGUGCCACUGGAGAGACCGUGGUGACAACAGACCUGCUCACCCAAGCAAUGACAGAACUGUCCCAGACCUUAACAACGGAUUACCGAACGCCACAAGGGGACUACCAGAGAAUUCAGUACAUCCCCGUGUCGCAAUCUGCCUCUGGUCUGCAGCAGCCGCAGCACAUACAGCUCCAAGUGGUGCAGGUGGCCCCGGCCACUUCCCCACACCAGUCUCAGCAGUCCACUGUGGAUGUCGGGCAGCUCCACGACCCUCAGGCCUACACCCAACACGCCAUCCAGGUGCAGCACAUCCAGGUCAGCGAGGCCACCGCCUCAGACCCACCGUCAUCCCAGGUAGCUGGGCAGCCCUUGAGCCCCUCUGCCCAGCAGUCCCAGCAGGGCCUCAGCUCCGCCCACAUGCAGGGCGGUUCUUCCGCACAGGGGCAGGCCCUGCAGCCGCCGCAGCAGAACUCCUCGGUGCAGCCGUACCUGCCCAGCGCUUGGAAUUCCUUCCGAGGCUACUCAUCUGAGAUUCAAAUGAUGACACUUCCCCCAGGUCAGUUUGUGAUUACAGAUAGUGGUGUGGCGACUCCAGUUACUACUGGCCAAGUGAAGGCCGUGACUCCGGGUCAUUAUGUUUUAUCAGAAAGUCAGCCAGAAUUGGAGGAAAAGCAAACGUCUGCCCUCUCCGGUGGAGUCCAGGUUCAGCCAUCUGCACAUAGUGACUCCUUGGACUCCCAGACUGCCAGCCAACAACAGACCACACAGUACAUCAUUACCACCACCACCAAUGGGAACGGGAGCAGUGAGGUGCACAUUACUAAGCCGUAACUUGGCUCCUCCAGCUUGAAUCAAGCAGUCACAUCAUGUCUUUUCUCAUUCAUCAACCUGAAAGCUACGACAUUUAGAACUCUUUUUUUAAGAUUUAUUAUUCACUCAAGAGUUUGGAAACUAACAUUUUGGCACUCAUACAUAUAUUGGGGUUUAUUUCGCCAAGGUCAUCUUUACCAAAUUGACUCUUCAGACCCUAAAGGUUUUUGCCAUGGAAUGGAGAUCUUUCAGGGGAAAGUAGAUUUCAGGAUAGAGAAACUUUGCCUUGCUCUUGAGUUGUUUUUGUUUUUGUUUUUUUAACACACACACAAAAAAAAUGUUGGUAAGCCUUACUUUUCCUUUGUGGAAAUAUUGAGCGGCAUAUUGUGUUUGUACCAAAGGUGGAGAAAGGAUGUGCCAAGUCCAUGGUUACUGGACUUCUUCAUUCCAAGCCACGGCACCAAAGGGGAAGGUACAUUUUAUGGGUGUGUGUUAGGUCAGAAGUGCUUUAUCUUGUGAGUUUGAAUUUUUGGUAGAACAAAAGGAUCCUACUGAAUAAGAGAGUAAAAAUGAUGAAAUAAAAGUUUGACAGUGAUGUUCUGAAGACAAAACUCAUCUAAAUUUUUGUUUUUGCUGAUUUUUUAAAAGAACUUUCCUAUUUUGGAAAACUCUCGUUGGGCUUUUGAUGGUGCUUUCUACAGAUGCUGGUCCUCGGCAGAUUAGGUGAGAACUUCAUGUGCUAAUGGUUCUUACUUUAUUACCCUACUAGGCAAACUCCCUGAAAGAGAAAAGGUUGCUUGACGUCAGCAGAAUUUAAAUCCCUACAUUAAAGUUUUGCCUCCCAAUCUCUGGUUGUGGUUGCAUUAAGAAAGAGAUACUAGCACCAAGAAAAAUUUACUAAAACUACACACACACACACAGAGACAAACGACUGAAACCGUGUCCUGCCUUGUAGAAUCCACUUACCAUUUGUUGGAAAAGGAUGAAUUCCUUUACCACAUAGACAUUGAACUCCUGCUCACAGUAUUCAGUGUAUUUUAGCAUUUUUAAUACUGUCUUAAAAUGAACAUUCUUUAAAGUUGGAUGGAAAGGUGGACUUUCUUAACAUUUUUAACUUUAAUGUAACUUAUCUGGACCUUUUUUAAUAAGAUAAGCAACUUUACACUUAAGGGAAAAAUAAAAAUGUAGGGACCAUUUACAAUAUUUAAGGCCAUUAGGAGGGAUCUGGAAGAAAUCAGUCUAUGAAUAUUAUACUGUUAGAUGGGAGAAGAAGAAGAAUCUGCCUUCAGGAUAGUUUUUCUUACAUGUGUUCCUGUUUGAGAGUCUUGUUUGCUAUGAAUUCAAGGAAGAAAAAUACUUUCCUUUUUUUUUUUUAUCAUACAUUCCAAAUAUAUACAUUUAAAAAGUUGGUAUGUAUUUUAACAACUUUUUGUGACAUCCUAACACAUAUUUAGAAUAUUUACUGCAUAGUAGAAUUGAUCACUCCAAAACAGAAAGGCCUCACUUCAUUUCAAAUGAAGUUAACUAUAUUAUUUACAUUUUUGGAUAAAAACUGGUUUUAUACAUUUAGAGGUAGAAAAGCUUUUUUAGGUUAAAGAUGACUAUCUGAAAAGUGAACAAUUCUGUUGAAAUAACUAUACUAAUAUGUAGAUUUUUGCACUUUAUUUUUAGGACCUCGUUCAUAUAGUUAUCUCAGAAUUCAGCACCAAAAGGACUUCAGAAAGUUACUCCAUGAAUGUGUGGAAACUGAAAACAGACUCCAUCUGUGGUAACAAAGAAAUAAUAUCAGUGUUUCCAACAGAAAAUACUGACCUAGAGUCAAAACACAUGUAGACUCAGGUUCCCACAGUCCCGCUAAGUGAUUAUAAACACUCUGGUGUCCAGUCUGGAGACACUUGCUAGGUGAACAUUAGAUUUUUCCAAAGGUCCUGUUUUAAUUUCUAGAACUUAAAUGUGGCCUUGUUGGGCUUUUUUAACUUGAAGCAGUCUGUAUCUCUCCUCCCCUCCCUUCAGGAAUAACUUACUGAAAAGUUGAAAACUCUCCCUGAAUGGAAUGUUCAUUUUAUACCAGUUAUUUCAAGUCUUAAAAUACACAGAGGAAAGUAUUGCAGAAGGACUUUUUUCUCUUUCCUUUCAAAGUAUUUAUUCUUGUCUUUUUUCUUUUUCGGUCCUUAUAUGAAAUAAAGACGCUAAAACGAAUUUGUUGUAUUAUCAACCAGAGAUGCAAGUGGCAAUUAAGCCAAGUAACAUGGCUUUAAGACCAGGUGCUCUUUCCAUUCAUCCCAAGGUCAUAGAUUUUCAAAAAGACUUGGGUUUGAGGAAAUGGUGGGUGAUAAGCCAUCUGAAGACCCAAUUUGGAAAACACGUAUGUAGCCAGUGUUCACACUGUGCCCUCUCUCAAGAUAUGCUGACGCUGUAUGCAGACUUCAUCCGGUGCAGCAUGAGCGGAGGAGGUGGGGCGUAGAUUUUUAUGUUUUUAUUGUUUGAUUUGUGCCCUCAGAAAUAGACAUUUCAUCAUGUGAAAUUCCUGUUUUCUGGAAAACCCCAUUGUUUUGAUCUUUUUGAACUGUUUUCAGACUUGGAAUUAUCCUUUCAAAAAACUCUUAAGAUUCUUAUCUAGGUCUAAAAAGCACUUCAUGAGAUGCUGAAGCUGACCCACUGGUUGAAAAUGUUGACCCCAUCCUGUUAUUUAAAUGUGAACAUUUAUUGUACAUUCAGUGAGUUAUAGUGUUAAUAGUCUUGUGCUACCCAGCAGGUGUAAAAAUUAAUAAAUAUUUUUUUU